AGUGCAUUGCCACGAACCUAUAUGCACGGUAAGCAACAGUAAGUGUCGAUGAUUAAGGAGCUAACGGGCCGAUCUAAUUAUCGCACACCCCGCCAAUGAACCGAUCAGCUAAUCCCCGAUAAGGACCGGAAACUCAGCACCACUCGGAGAGUGUGUCACAGCGAUACGAUACAACGAUUGUGGAGGUCAUUCCGUUCCGGUUCCGAGGAUGCCGAUCAACACCCGUCAGCUGCUGGAUGCCGUUGGUUCGCUGACCGACCGCGAGUCCAUGCGUGUGACGAUGAAGAGCAGUGCCAAAGGGGCAGCUAUCGCUGGAUCCGGCAGCUUUCUGGGCGGUAUGAUGGGUGGCCCGGUCGGGCUGUUCGUCGGCGGUGCGCUCGGUGGCCUGGUGGCGUACGCAAUGAGUGACAACUUCAAACCCGUCAGCCAAAUCAUCCGUAACGAGCUGACGGUGGCCGAGCGGGAACGGUUGAAGGAGCGCAUCCUUGGCGCGCUGGCCGAGUUCCAGCCCACCGAUCUGGUCGUCAUUUUGCCCCUGCUCGCUGGUAAUGUGUCCGCGCAGCGGGCGGUCCUUUCGGCCGUCGCGUCCUUCCUGACCAACGAAAUGCGCAUGCAGAUCAUUGACUGAGGCGGCGGGGGGACGGAAAAAAAGCCGACCAUCGAAAGUGCCUUGAUGUUAUCUCUCUAACCGUGGAUUCCCUGCUGGCAAGGGAUUUGAAUUUAAGUGAAGAAGAAUCGCACGCGCCAGCGGAUCGCGACGGUGCGAUAUCAGCCAGAGGCCAGGGCCAGAGAACCGCCAUGAGUCAAUUACGCGUAUUCCUUUGUGAAGGUGAGGUGGAGGGGGGGGGGGAGGGCGGUGGGAGGUGCUCAAAAUAUUUCUAAAUUAAAAUAUACAUGGUACGUGAUUCUCUGCGAAACUCGCGGCUAAGCACGGUGCA